AUGUUCUAAUAAAGUUUAUAUGAAAAAGAAAUAUAUUAUUCACGAUAAGCAGCUGCUUUGGGAUGGGAUACAUAAGAUAAAUUAGAAUAAUUAGAUUGCUUUAUUUAUGGAUUAAGAGGAUUAGGAUUAGAGAUCGCUAAAAAUUUAAUAUUGAUGGGUUUGAAAAGAAUUGUGAUUUAUGAUAAAACAAUUCUAUCUAUUUCCGAUCUGGGCACAAAUUUUUAUGCUAAUGCUAAUUAAGUUGAUAAAGUUACAAGAGAGAAGGCUGUUAUUUAAUCUUUAAAAGCUUUAAAUGAUAAUGUGAUUGUCGAUCUCUAUGAUGGAAUUAUAAAUGGGUAAAACUUAAGUGAGUUUUCGGUUGUUGUAAUGACAGACAUGUGGGAUUAAGAAUUAAUUUCUGAAAUUAAUGAAGCUACAAGGAAAAAGGGAAAUGGAUUUAUAUUAGCUCAUUCUUCUGGGUUGUUUGGAUCAAUAUUUGUAGAUUUUUCAGAUAAUUUUGUAAUUGAAAAUAAUAAUGGAUAGACAUGUAAAGAAUACUUAAUAGAAGAAAUAACAAAAAAUCAGAAUGGAGUAGUUCAUACAAUUGAUACAAUAUAAGGUCUUUAAGAUGGAGAUUAUGUAUAAUUCAAAGAAGUGUUAGGGAUGACUGAAGUAAAUGAUUCAGUCUUUAAGAUUAUUACAUUAUCUCCUAAUAGAUUUAGUAUUGGUGAUACAACCAAGUUUUAAGCAUAUUAAAGAAAUGGAAAAGCAAUAUAAAUAAAGUUCCCCCAAAAUACGUCAUAUAAAUCAUUUAAAAAUAUGUUAUCUUUUGAAAAUAAAAAUAAUUUAGACAGGUCACUACAAUUAUAAAUUUCAUAUAAUUCGAUCUUAACUUUUAUGAAUCAAAAUGGAAGGCUCCCAAAUCUAUUGAAUCAUGAUGAUGCAGAUUUAGUAUUGAAGUUAGCUUUAAAAAUAACAAAAGAGCAAUAUUAGUUAGAUAUUCAAUUAAUCAGAAAUAUUGCAUAGCAUUUAUAAGCUCAAAUUGCACCUUUAACAUCAUUUUGGGGUGGACUUGUUGCAUUUGAAGUAAUUAAAUUUACAGGGAAAUUUACACCCAUCAAAUAAUGGCUUCAUUUAGAAUUUUAUGAGGCGCUUCCUGAAAUAGAAGUAAAUAAAAAGUCAAAGAAUUGUUAAUAUGAUGAUUAUUAUGCCAUAUUUGGAUAAGAAACAAUGGAAAAGCUAUAAAAUUAAAAUGUUUUAUUGAUGGGUAUUGGAGGUUUAGGAAAUGAAUAUCUUAAGAUAUUUUCUUUAAUGGGGAUUGGAAGUGGACAAAAAGGAUCAUUGAUUACUGUUGAUAAUGAUUAAAUAGAAGUGUCAAAUCUGAAUAGGCAAUUUUUAUUUAGUAAACAUCAUAUUGGUUCAAAUAAGGCUAAUGUUGCUUGUGCUGUGAUUAAUUAGAUUAAUCAAUCAAUUUAAUGCAAAGCAUAUCCAUAUGCGAUGUCAAAAGAAAGUGAACAAAUUUUUAAUUAAUCAUUCUGGAAUUAAGUAGAUUUUACAGUUAAUGCUGUUGAUAAUAUUAGGGCAAGACAUUACAUGGAUUCUUAAUGCUGUUAUUAUAGUAAGCCUAAUUUUGAAAGCGGAUCUGAAGGUACUUAAUGCCAUUCUCAAGUUAUUCUUCCAUAUUAAACAGAAUCAUUCAGCGAAUUUAAGGAUCGCCCAGAAAUGAGUAGUCCUAAAAGUACAUUCAUGAAUUUUCCAUAUACAAAAGAUCAUAAUAUUGAAUGGGCUUUGGAAUAUUUCAACAAUCUAUUCGAAAAAGCUUCAAAGGAUUUAUAUUAAUUAUCACAAAACCCAUAGACAUUUCUUAACACUGUUUAUAAUUAAAAUUAACGUUAUAUUGAUUAUUUAAAAGAUCAACUUGAAUUGAUUGAAAAAUACGUAUUAUUAGUUAUUAAUCCUACUUUAGAAAACCUAGUUAGAUAUGCAAAAGAAUUGUUUUCUUCCUUAUUCGAUGUUAAGAUAAAGUAUCUGUUAAGUAGAUAUCCAGCUGAUUUUUUAUAAUAAAAUGGAUUAUUAUUUUGGACAAACCCUAGAAGAUUACCUAUGUCAAUAGAAUUUAAUUCAACUGAUCCACUUCAUUGUUAAUUUAUUCAUAGUGUGGUAAAAAUAGUUAUAAAAAUACUUGGAUAACAAUUACAGUUUGAUUCAGAAUAGAUAUCGUUUCUUGUUGGUUCGAUUGAUAUAAAUAAGAACAAGGAAUUAUUUGAAAAUUUGUAAUUUAAUGAAAAUGAAAUUAAAUAAGAGAAUGAUAUGCGUAUGAUUAAAUUAGAGAAGCUAGUUUAAGAGAAUAUAUUAAAUAUGCAAUAAAUUAGACCAUUUUCUUACUAAAAGGAUAAACUAAGCUGUGUAGAAUUGGAAUUUAUAACAUCUGCUGCUAAUCUAAGAGGAAUCAAUUAUAAUAUUCCACCAGCAUCUAGAUAAUAAGUGAGAGAAAGAGUUGAAUGUAUCAUUCCUUAAUUGAUAACAACCAAAUCCGCUAUAACUGGAAUAGUGGGAAUUGAAAUACUCAAAAAUAUUCUAUAAAAGAAUAUUAAAUAUAUUAGAAAUACAUAUAUUAAUCUUGCCAUACCCACUUUUAUUUUUGCUUAACCAAAGCCUCCAUAUUAAAAUGUGGAUCAAGAAUUUAAUUAAUAAUUUCUUGAUCGAACUAUUGCAGUCCCUAAAAAUUGGACAUCCUGGGAUAGAAUCAGGAUUAAUAAGAAAAUGACUGUAGGGGGACUUAUAGAAUAUUUUGAACAGAAAUAUAAUGUAAAUGUGUAAAUUAUAGGAUUCAAUCAGCAUUUGAUAUAUUCAAAAUUUAAAAAAUCGUCUUAAGAAUUACUAACGAAAGACUGUGCUGAUUUAUAUGCAAAAGUAUCGAAAGAAAAGUUGCCAGAAGAUGAAAUCAGUUUUGAUGUAAUUUUGGAUUCCUAUUAAAUGAUAAAUGGAUAGGAAGUAAGUGUCGAUUUUCCACUAAUAAAGUAUCACUAUAGAGUUUGA